UAACAAGGUAUGCUGCUCAGGCAAGGUAGCAUUUGGCAAGUUAACCAAUGUCGGCGAUAUUGCUGCUCGUGGCACUGGCAUUAUUCAAGCAAACUGCUGCUCAAAACCCCGCAGUCUCCAUUAGGUGCUACGACGAUUGCGGUGCCAGUGAUGGCAAGACCUGCCCAACCGUAAUGAAGGGAUGUGUGGCUUGUUCGUUAAUAUCAUUCAUCAGUUCCUGUGAACUGCCAUUUCACGCAAACCAUUUCGUUGAUUACCCGAGAAUCGGUCUUCGCUUAUUGUCGAAUUGGCCUUCGGUUCUUCGUAGAACCGAAAGACCAACACUUGUAAUAUGACCAUUCGAUGUCACUUCCUGUGGAAAGGAGAGUAAGGAGUGAACCAGAUUUUAUUCUAAUUCCCACUUAGCUUGGGAGACAAUUUUGUGGUUCUAUUUAUGUAAUGACUGAGCAACCAGCCUUGUCGAAGUGUAUAUGCGACAGGAACCGCGAAAAUCCCUACAUCUUUCGCUCCAUUGCUGUCACACUCCUCCAAACGCAGCACUUCUUGCCUCAGUCUUCUUUGUCCUGCUUUUCAGUAUAUCGAGUUCUGGAAGAACAA